UUACAUUAACGGUGAGGUAAUAUACACUUUAGUGGACCUGUUAAACGAAAUCACUUGUCUUUAUUUUGUGUCAGUUUUAUACAUAAUUUAUGAAUUUAAAAUAGGAUGUUUGUGAUUACAUAUUGCUAUAUAUAGGUCGAGGUCGGAUAUAUUUAUCAAUGUGUUAUAUAACAAGAAGAGAAUCAUGCAAUGUUAAUAAAGGAUGACAAUUUUGCACAAGAAGAAACGUAUUUUUAUAAGUUAUAUUUUAUUCAUGUUCUGCUAUACUUUUGUAUCUUUAUUGAUAUUUGAUAUGUACGGUGGCUUUCAUUAUAAAGAUGGUGUUCCUUCUAGUAGACCAUAUGACACAGAAAUUGGUAUGUUUUCCUUUCAUGAACAUUUGUAUGAUGAAUACGGAACGUUACAAGCGCACAAAGAAAUAUCUGGAUACAUCAUGGAAAUACAAAUUUAUAUGUGUACCAUCAACAUUAAUAAAGAAACUUGUUUAAUCUCGUAUCGUGAUUAUCCAGCCGCCAUGAACUUUGUGUAUAUUGCCUUGUUUUGGCAUUUGCUAAUAUCUCUCUUCAUUUACACACCAAUUACUGUUUUACCUCGUUUUUCAACGAAACGAAUCUGCAAUUUGAAAGAACAGACAUUAGAUAUUUUAACAGCUUCUUUGUUCGCUUUCUCAUGUGUAUUUCAUGUUUUGGGAUACAUUAUAUACGUGCAAGUGAUAGGAAAAGAAAUAGGAUUUUCAUGGCAGGAUCUGACUCGAGUUGUCUACUUCGGGCUUGCAAAUGCUAGUUUUAGUCCAGUGUUUGUGGUGCUUUUAAUUCUAUUGUAUAAAAGACGUAAGUAA